CAAUGGCAUUCAAACAAGGCUUACUACCCACGGCAUCGUCCAUCUACCAAAGGAACAAUAAUCGACGGUUGCAAAAUAUGAGUGUAUUGGGUAGUAGUGUUGGUGGUGGUGGUGGUGGUGGUAUAAUUGGCGGCGAGAAACCGUUGACAUUUUCAACAUCCAAAUCGACAACUAUUAAUGCCAACACCAAUCAGAAUCUGAUACUUCAAAAUCAUUAUACAAAUUAUACAAAUUGCGACAACCAAAAUAGAAAUAGUUGUUACAAUGCUGCUGCCGCUGCCGCCGCCGCUCCCACAGUCACAGCCACCAUUCCCAAUAGCAACGACAACAACAAUUAUAGUUUUAAUAGUUCAUGCAACACAACCACUGAUGUCAAUAGCCACGUGAACGCUGAUGAAGCUGAUGACAACGACGAUCUGUUGAUGAUGACCGAUAACACUACAACAACUAUUAAUUCGUAAAUCUUAUACUUAUAAGGAUUCAUAUAUAUACAUACAUAUAUAAAUACAUCUAUAUAUAUAGCCUAGUUUGUAAGGACUCUCUGGAAGCGAGUAGGUCUGGUUAUGUUAACCACACUCAUUUGCGUGUACAAAAAAGUACAGCAUAUGGAAUAACUCCUCAACUCGUUUUAACUUUUAACUACAAUCUUUUUGGUGUUUCGUACAAUUUCACUGUAUUGAUCUAUCUACAAACAUACAUACAAAUAUGAUGGUUUAUUUUGGAAGGAUGCAUAAACUUCCACAUCCAGCACUAGCACUAGCAUAUUGUUCGAUUGACCCGCUAUGCGCUUCUGGGCACGUACUACGGCCAUCAUGCAGGGAAUGCAGUGACAUUGUUGGCAUUUUGUCUUAUUGGCCACACAUUAAUUGGCAACACAUGGAACCUUCUCCCAACCCAUAGAACCAACCCUCUUAAGCAACUCUACGCGGAUAACAAUUCGUAAUAAUUGUUAUUUAACUCUUUUUUUUUGCAGCGCUUGUGCAAUGCAGCAGAGAGAGAGAGAGAAAGAGUGUGUGAUGCAAGCGCUGUUGCACCAUCUGACAACAAAAGCAACAAUAACACCAAGAUCAAAAACCAAGCGAUUUUUUUAUUUUAGGGUUUAUAUCAUCAAUCGACCAAUGAUGACCAACCAACACAUGACUUGACUAUGGUUUUGGUUAUGGCCUACUUCCACUAUCUCUAACUCAUACAAUCUACAUAGACUAGACAACUAAAUACUGCUAAAGAACAUUUUUUUUACUACACUUUUUGAAGAAAAUGAAAAACAAAAAUGACUAUCUUAAUAACAAUCACAACCUUCUCCACACCAUUUCACUUCACUCCACUCCUUUCCACUCCACUCUACUAUAAUCCAUCUCGGCUCGUCUUAACGUAAAAUUUAAGCUCGCCUGUUAAUUGAAAUUAAAAACAAAUACAAAAUGCAAGUAUAUUGAAAGUGUUACUUAAAGCUGAAAAAAGCCGAAAAAACAAAGAAGCAACAAUGAA